CAAUCAGGAGGCGGAAGCGCGGCGGGGGCGGGAAGGUUGUAGAGCUGCACGUUGGGUUGGGUUUGCUGUUCUCUAAGUGGUCGCGCCCCCUUUGAGAGCGCGAUCGGACGGCGAGGCGGUCCCGGGCGCUCUCGCGUCCCUGGCGAUUGCAAAGCGCUGACCAAUUACCACUGAACACAGUUGAAACAGAAAAUAGGAAAAUGGCAGCAAACUCUUCAGGACAAGGUUUUCAAAACAAAAAUAGAGUUGCAAUCUUGGCAGAACUGGACAAAGAGAAAAGAAAGUUACUAAUGCAGAACCAAUCUUCAACAAAUCAUCCUGGAGCUAGCCUCUCACUCUCGAGACCCUCUCUUAAUAAGGACUUCCGGGACCAUGCAGAGCAACAGCAUAUCGCAGCCCAACAGAAGGCAGCUUUACAGCAUGCACAUGCACAUUCAUCUGGAUACUUCAUAACUCAAGACUCAGCAUUUGGGAAUCUUAUUCUCCCUGUUUUACCUCGCCUUGACCCAGAAUGAAGAAAGUAUUUGCAAUGAAAGUGACUUUGUAAUAUCAAAUGCCAAAGCUACUAUCAUUCAGUGCUAUCCAGACUGUGACUUUCAGGAUUUUGGUGAACUUUUAUAUUUUUUGCUUCUGUCAAAAGAAAGUUAUGUGCAAGUCAAAGAAAAAAAAAGGAAAGUGAACAGGAUGAUGAGAGCUUUGGAAGCUGUGUUACCUGAGGACGUGCUCAUGCUACCUGUGACAGACUUUUUUGCAAUGCAGUUUGAUUUCUAAUCUUAAUCAGACUCUGAAUUAGAUGGUCACAUAAUGUACCUGCAACCCCCAUCUAGUUGUCUUACUAUAUCAUGUCCACAGUAGACUUUCAAGAGCCAUUUAUAGUACUUAACUUUAAAGAAUGAGGGUGCUUUAUAAAAAUGUGAACCAAGAGGCUUAAAUAACAUUCAUAUUUGCUGUUUAUAGAACUGAUAUCAGUGUAUCUUUUGAAUUUAUAGUUGACAUAUCAUCCGGAAAUAUCCUUUAACUCAUCAUUGGUUCCUCUAUUGUCAAUUUUAAAGCCCAAGACUAAAUUAUCAAUCUUAACAUCAUUUAUAAACUCUACCACUAUAAAUGAUGUGACUAAAUGCUAUUAAAAAUGAUGAUAAAAAAUGUGGUUUUCAAAUUUAUGCAUGCUCUUAUUUAGUAUUACUACAUGAAUUGUGUGCCUGCAUGGGUUUGACUGUUUUAUCUGACUUAAAAUGUAUGCAAGUUGAGCCCCUUUUAAAUUACUUUAAGGUGGAAGGAGUUUUAAGUAAGUUUCUCAACCUGACACAUCUUUAAUAGAAUCUGAGAUCCAAAAUGCUUAUUUAAGUAUGCAAUCCCCACUGCCUUACCCCAGGCCUACAGAAUUUGAAUCUCUACUUGAAAAUAAAGUCUAAAAACUGUGGGUUGGAGAAUUCAAUAUUCACAUAUUUAUAAAUUCACAGAUUUGUAGAUCCCUGGAACGUAGAGGUCAUUUGCUAAAAAAAAAAAAAAAACCUACAUUUUUAAACUUUUAAUAGAAUUGAAUUAUUUUAUACUAUAUCACAGAUAAAGCACUUUAUAUGACUACUUAUAACUGAACUCAUCUUGACCUUGAGUCCUUCCUCUCUGAUGGUAAGGGGAAGUUUAAACUUAAAAUCAGUUCCCAGUUUGGGUCAAUAUUUAAUCAAAGUUCAUCUCCCUUUCCAAAGAGUUCCUGCCUUCCUUUCUCCCUCCCUCCCUCCCUAAAAUAUUUGCACCAACCACACACUCCUAUCUUACCCAAACUAAUUAAAGCAGAAGUGGACAAUUAUAGGCAUGGCUGUGCCGUGUAGUUUGAAUAUUUGGACUGAUUUUCUUCAUUUGGGGGAGGCUGUUGGCUGUCCUCACUGUGACAGUCACCUCCACUGCACAGGUGCACUUACUCCUGCUGUGGGGGUGCUGAGUUCUGGGGCCUCCAGCUCCUUUCCUGCCUCAGGUCCAUCCCAGUAUUCCUUGGCCCUCCUUAUUGUGGCCCUCAUUUUUUAUGAAUUAAUUUGACCUACUGCCAUGAAUCUAAGUCUAUCUACUGUACUAGGGAGGUAAGAAAUUUGGAUUUAGUUUUUAUACUUUUGAAGCCUCUUCCUGAUGUGACUUUUAUAACCUAGGUAAAGAGAUCUUUUUUCCAGUGGCAUCUUUUCUAGUUUCUUAGCCUUUUAAAUAGAUGCUACCUAAAUCCCACAGUGCGGGAUAGUAAGCACAUACCUUUCUUUGAGUCACCUGCAAAUUCAAUUUGAUUCCAUAUAUAAGUAUUAAUACUUUGUGCUUGGGGGCGGAAUGAUGAGUGCAGCCUGCUCUUUAUAGAUGUCUGUCAGUGGCGAGGAGCUGACUGAGGUGCAGCAGGAACCUUAGGUGAGGAAGCCAGAGGGAGGGAGCGGCACACAGAGGUGUUGGGAGCAGGCAGCAGUCUGAACAGGCCUGGGGUAUUGCUGUGAUUUUGCCUGGCUGGGAAGGGCAGAGCUGAUCCAAGCAAAGGUCAGGAUUUCCUAAUCAAAGAGAAGUAGGAGCGAGGACAGUUGCAAGGACUGCAGUGGAUAGUAGAAAGGGAGCAGUGGACUGAGAAGCCUUGAGGUGGGUGAAUUUGGGUCACUUAACCUCUCUUUACAUGACACCAUCUCAUCUGUAAAAUAGUAAUUGGAUACUGUCUACUUUAUAAAACGGUGCAGACAUAUUUUUCAAGUAUCUAAUAAAAGUUCAUCUCCCUUUUCAAAGUUUCUUCUGGUCUCAACCUCUUACUGAAUUGAGAAGCCAACUUAAUGCUUCAGUAGUGUGCAGCCAGCACUUCCCGCCCUUGGAAAAGUUAAACACAUCAGCAUUUGUCUCAUGCAGCAAUAGAAGUUUUGUUUCUCAAAUCCCUGUUUCUGUGUGAGAGUAUUUUACUUGCUUUGCUUACUAUUUGUUCCACAGAUAUUUAAGUUCUUUAAGGGCAAGGGUUUUGUUUCCCUCUCCUUUUGUCUUUGCUCAUCACUGUAUUCCACUUAGAAUAGCAUUUAGUAUCUACUUAAUGAAGAAAUAUUUAGUGAAUAUAUACGACCUGGAUCAUGCUAUAAAAGGUUUUAAUGGUGUAUCAUGGCAAAAAGUUUUGAAAGCUACUGCUAAAUAAUACAGAUAAUAGUGCUUUGAUUCUGGAAUAAAAACCAAAAGGACUCAAAUCACUUCAAAUGCAGAAGUUUUCCCCUGCCCCCAACAGUCUCUGAGCUGUCUCAUUAAGUUGUCUCAGUUCUUUGCUUCAUCACUUUAGCAACAAAAUGCAGCCUUUUAUGAAUUUCAAGGUCCACUGACUUGAGGGUGAGAACAGAAGACCAAUCGAGAGAGCGUCAGUUCAUUACUGCCUUUCAGCCCACUACCAGGACCCCAUCAGCUCUAGCACCAGCCCCCUGCAACAGCAUUACCCUCAACCUGUAACUGCGGGUUGCUUUCCUUACUCUGAAUGCACAAUGAUUGGUACCAAGUAGAUACAUUUGUUUUUUCAAUGAGCAAAUAGGUAAAAGAGAAUUUAUCCUCAAGAAUCUGACAGUCUGCAGUGGGCACACUUAGGGGGGGACAAUGGUACACAGUUGGAAGCUGUAGGACCUUUCUGAACGGAAGCAUAGUGAUAAGUCAAUUAGACCCUCAUCAGCGCUUGGGAAGGGGAGCUUUUGAGGCACCAGAAGACUACUAUUCUUGAUUUCUAGUGCAAAGUCAGUAUCAGGUGUGUUCAAUUUACAUCAACACCCCAACUCCAGUCCUGUUUAGCUCUGCGGUCUCAUCUCAGUUUUUACACCCUUACCUCCAAAUUCUCAUCGUCUACCUUUUCUCUCCUAUAUCUCUACCCCCCUAGAGCCUUUUAGAGAAAAAAGACAGCAUUCUCAGAGUAUUCAUUUCACCUUCAUGGCAGUUCAGUGAGGCAGUGAAGUGGGUAUUCUUAGUAAUCUCAGCUUUGAUUCUUCCUUUCCUCCUUCCCAGUGAUGUUUAGAUUUUCAUUGGGUCCACCCCUCCCCCAGUACAGCCAGUGAGCUUCAAGGGAAGUGGACUCUGCCCCAGCAAAAGCAGUGGGUCUUACAUGCGUCAACCCCAUCAGGGUAAUUCCUUUUGGCCACUGCCCGUCAGCACAUGGUAUUUCAUAGACCACAGGAAUUGGUUCAAGAUUGAACGUAUUAUUCAAGUAAGACUCCAGGAUAUGUGUGUGUGUAUGUGUGUGUGUCUAUAUACACACACAUAUGUAUAUA